AUGUACAACGCAGCUUCGACGUUAAGGUCGGAACUAGUUCUGACUAUCAUCAUCUCGAGUUGCAAGAAGGGCAAGCGAAGAGCAAAUGGUGGCAGAUUUUACGAUGCGCAACCGCAGCACCAUAAUCUGGCGGAGCCCAGUGUUGUGGUUUCUCUUGGUACUGGGUCAGCUUCAGACGACGAUAGCAACUCAUCGGGACUAUUUUCAGAAAGGUUCUUUCCUAGACUUUCGAGAGCUCUUUGGAAGCAAACCGGUUCAAAAGUUACGUGGAAACAUCUCCUCAGUCAUCAGAGAGCCGCGAGUAACACAAAGCUGUUUCGAUUCGACGUUGACUUUAUGGGGGAAGAGCCUUUGCUAGAUGAGGUGAGUAUGGUAGAGCACGUACAACUAACAGCCCAUUCUACAGCGGCAGGUUCACAGAGCCUUCGUCAGUUGUGCCGCCAGCUGCGGGCUGAGCUUUUCCUUUUCGAACUAGACCAACUCAGUCCACCAUACUAUAUGCGAGGAGCUUACCAGUGUACUGGCCGUAUCAUCUGCCGGCUAAGAGCACACACUCCAGAAUAUAAAGAAUUUAUCAGGCAGCUGUGUGACAGAGCGGCGAUAUUCCGAGUAGGAGCUCAGCUUGUGAGGAUCACGGAUGAAAACAUCAACACAGAUCUUUGUUUUGAGGUAAGGUUCGCUGUACCAAAUCUCAGCAGCUCGAUCUCGAUUACCUUGUUGGAAGAGACGGAUGAGGAGUUCCAUAUCAACGGUUCACCUUUCGCCAUAGAAUGGCUUAUCAGCCGGCAAGCACUAAAUAGCCCCUUCGGCACAUCCGAUCAUCGAGAGUUGGUGCAUUCUGAUCUUGAUUGUGUUCCACAAACUCAUCACGCUAUCACUGAAGAAAAGGAUGACUUGCAGCAGUGA